CCGACCCAGGUGUUGUACGAUUGUAUGACCUCAAUGGCAUUCUGGGUUCAACUCAGGGGCGUCCCUCAUGACUAUUGCACUAUUGACUUCGGUCGGGAACUGCUGCAGCAGCUGGGGAGGUUUUGGACGUUGGCCUCUUUGGCUCGCGUACUUCUGCUGGUUAUUUCCUCAAAGUAAAGUAAUGUUGGAUGUCACUAUCCCCUUCCGCGGGCGUCUUAUGGCUGACUUAGGGAUUCUUGUUCUCCGGGGGAUUUUAGCCGGUUCUGGGUGUAUCUAUGUCAUGAACGGCUCCCACCGGUCCGCUAUCGGUGUGGAUUGAUUGGACACAAUAAGGCUAAUUGACCCCACAAGGAUUCGAUGGAAUACAAUCCUGCGGCUUGGGGUCGAUGGAUGUCGGUGGCGCCAGAGGGUACUCUCUUAGACCCAGACACUUUCCGUCCAAUCAACCUUUUCCGCGCAGCCCUGUUGUGCGCUAAAGAUGCUAUUCCACCUCUAGAGACGAGCCUGUCGGAUUUGCGUCUUAAUCCUAGCCCCUACCCAUCGAAUCCGAUGCUGGCUCUCCCUGCGGCACCACCUCAGGUGUUGGGUACCGCUACGGGGGUUGGAUCCUCUUUCGCGCGGUCUCCCAGUUCGGUCGGCUCUACAUCGCCACCGUGCGUUCCGAAGGCGGAACCCAUAACCCCGCCGACUUCUCGCGGCAAGCAGCUUCUCCUUGAGUAUCCGCCAUCUCCACCUACUAAAUAUGUCAAUGCCCUGCGCAUUAGAAUAUCUGACGACGACCUGCUUGUGGAUUGGAAACGUCUGGCUGCUGAUAUGGAAUCCGAGGGUUCGCCGACUAGUCUGCUUGCUCCGACGGAAAAAAAGGCGUUCCGCUCCUUGGCAUUCUUGGCGGAUGUUGAUGCUACUUGCAAGGAUCUGGAGGUUGCGUUGGGCCCUCUGAAAGUUGAGAAUUCUUCUUGCCGACUCUGGUCAACAGUCCAGCCCGAGUCUUUCUGCUGAAUUACGGGCCGCGUUGUUUUGGCCUCCCUCUGACUGCUUGGGGCCAGAAGCCUCGCUUCCUUUAAAGGACGAUGCUGAUGGUGGUUUUGGGCCUGAGCCAGCUUCUUUUUUGGAUAAAGUGAAGACUACUCC